GUGAUGUCAGCUCCCAGCUCGGUGCCUGCCCGGAUUCCUGACAUGGUGUAGGGCUGAGAGGGUGGGGAAGGCGGGAGCCGGACGGGAAAGGGCUCGGGCUGGGAGCCUGCGGCGGGGCAGCCUUGCCGGGGCUUUGAACUCGGACGGAAGGUGAACCAGAACUUUUGGAAGUAGUGCCGGCGGCUCUCCACCCCCCAGUAUAAAAGAAUUUUAUGGACCAGUUGGCUAAUAAGUACAUGGAAGUUUUGAAGAGCUGAAGAAAAAAAUCAGCAUUAGACUUGCUUUUUAAAAUAUCUAGGUUGGAAUUUGCCCUUGACGGAUACCAAAAUGAUGAGUGACGCAAGUGACAUGUUGGCAGCGGCGUUGGAGCAGAUGGAUGGGAUUAUAGCAGGUUCUAAGGCCCUGGAAUAUUCCAAUGGGAUUUUUGAUUGCCAGUCUCCCACCUCCCCAUUCAUGGGAAGCCUUCGAGCUCUGCACCUUGUGGAAGACCUGCGUGGCUUGUUGGAGAUGAUGGACACAGAUGAAAAGGAAGGUUUGAGAUGCCAGAUCCCAGAUUCAACAGCAGAAACGCUUGUUGAAUGGCUUCAGAGUCAAAUGACAAACGGACACCUGCCCGGGAAUGGAGAGGUGUAUCAAGAAAGGCUGGCACGUUUAGAAAAUGAUAAAGAAUCUCUCGUUCUUCAGGUAAGUGUGUUAACAGACCAGGUAGAGGCUCAAGGAGAGAAGAUUCGAGAUUUGGAGUUUUGUCUUGAAGAGCACAGGGAAAAGCUGAAUGCUACAGAAGAAAUGCUGCAGCAGGAGCUUCUGAGUAGGACAUCCUUAGAAACUCAGAAGUUGGAUCUGAUGGCUGAAAUAUCUAACUUGAAGCUAAAACUGACAGCUGUAGAGAAGGACAGAUUGGAUUAUGAAGAUAGGUUCAGAGACACCGAGGGGCUAAUGCAAGAGAUCAAUGAUUUGAGGUUAAGAGUCAGUGAAAUGGACAAUGAAAGACUUCAGUAUGAAAAAAAGCUGAAAUCAACCAAAGACGAACUGACAUCUUUAAAAGAAAAACUGGAGGAGAAGGAAUCUGAAGUAAAAAGGCUACAAGAAAAAUUGGUGUGCAAGAUGAAAGGAGAGGGGGUGGAAAUUCUUGAUCGAGAUAUUGAAGUGCAAAAAAUGAAAAAGGCUGUGGAGUCUUUGAUGGCAGCAAAUGAAGAAAAGGAUCGAAAAAUAGAAGAUCUUCGACAGUGCCUGAAUAGGUACAAGAAAAUGCAAGAUACGGUGGUACUGACCCAAGGUAAAAAAGGCCAAGAUGGCGACUUUGAAGAUCUGCUCACUUCCGGUUCCAUCUCCACUUUGCUGGAUGCGCAGGGUUUUAGUGACCUGGAGAAAAGUCUAUCGCCUACACCAGUCAUGGGAUCUCCCAGUCGUGACCCAUUUAACACAAGUGUUCCGGAAGAGUUCCACACCAGCAUCUUGCAAGUUUCAAUCCCUUUAUCAUUGCCAGCAUCUAAGGGCUUGGAAGCUUCUGAAAAAGCAAAAUUGCCUCCUCAACCAGAGACUUCAUUUGAAGAAAGCGAUGGAAAAAUAAUCCUUGGUGCUGCUGUUGAAACCGAGCCUUGUGAUAGUCUUUCAAUUUCAAGUCUGCACAAGUCCAGCAGCCUGGGCAAUCUGAAGAAAGAGUCAUCAGACGGGGAAAAGGAGUCUGUUCAGAAGCCUUCAGAGGAUAAAGCUCCAGUAGAAAGCAGCCCGUUUGGGAGCCUCCCUCCGAAAGCUCCAGGACAUGAUGCCUCCGUGGACGACAACCCUUUUGGCACUCGGAAAGCUAGAUCUUCCUUUGGGCGUGGCUUUUUUAAAAUAAAAAAUAACAAGAGGACUGCGAGUGCACCAAACUUGGCUGAAACAGAGAAGGAGACAGCUGAGCACCUAGAUCUGGCUGGUGUAUCUUCCCGGCCAAAAGAUUCACAGGGAAGCAGUCCCUUCCAGAUAUCUCCACCAUCGCCGGAUUCCAAAAAGAAAUCCAGAGGUAUCAUGAAACUCUUUGGAAAGCUUAGGAGAAGUCAGUCAACUACAUUCCACCCAGAUGACAUGUCUGAGCCCGAAUUCAAAAGAGGAGGGACAAGGGCAACUGCAGGACCACGACUGGGUUGGUCUCGAGAUUUGGGACAAUCUAACAGUGACUUGGAUAUGCCAUUUGCCAAAUGGACCAAGGAGCAGGUUUGCAAUUGGCUUGUGGAACAAGGCUUGGGGUCCUACCUGAAUUCUGGCAAGCACUGGAUUGCAUCUGGCCAAACCCUUCUGCAGGCUUCUCAACAAGAUCUGGAGAAGGAACUUGGAAUUAAGCAUUCACUUCAUCGAAAGAAACUCCAGCUGGCACUGCAAGCCCUGGGGUCCGAAGAAGAAACCAACCAUGGAAAGCUGGAUUUCAACUGGGUCACUAGAUGGUUGGAUGAUAUCGGUCUCCCCCAGUACAAGACCCAGUUUGACGAAGGACGGGUAGAUGGUCGAAUGCUCCAUUACAUGACUGUUGAUGACUUACUAUCUUUGAAAGUCGUGAGUGUGCUACACCAUCUCAGUAUCAAAAGGGCUAUCCAGGUCCUGAGGAUCAAUAACUUUGAACCCAACUGUCUGCGGAGGCGGCCCUCUGACGAGAACAGCAUCACCCCAUCAGAAGUUCAGCAGUGGACCAACCAUCGGGUGAUGGAGUGGCUACGCUCCGUGGACUUGGCAGAAUAUGCCCCCAAUCUCCGAGGCAGUGGUGUCCAUGGUGGGCUCAUGGUUCUAGAACCUCGUUUUAAUGUAGAAACAAUGGCUCAGUUAUUGAACAUCCCACCAAGUAAGACCCUCUUGCGAAGACAUUUGGCUACUCACUUCAACCUUCUGAUCGGUGCUGAGGCCCAGCACCAAAAGCGUGAUGCCAUGGAGUUACCAGAUUAUGUACUUCUAACAGCCACUGCCAAAGUGAAGCCAAAGAAACUUACCUUCAGCAAUUUUGGGAAUCUGAGAAAGAAGAAACAGGAAGAUGGGGAAGAAUAUGUUUGUCCAAUGGAAUUGGGACAGACAUCAGGAAGUACUUCUAAGAAAGGAUUUCAACCUGGAUUGGACAUGCGCCUAUAUGACGAAGAUGAUUUGGACCGGUUAGAGCAGAUGGAGGAUUCAGAAGGGACGGUGAGACAGAUAGGGGCGUUCUCUGAAGGCAUCAACAAUCUAACACACAUGUUAAAGGAGGACGACAUGUUUCGAGAUUUUGCCGCCUGUUCCCCCAGCGCCAGCAUUACUGACGAGGACUCCAACGUUUAAGGCGAGCACUUGGUUGAGCAUGAGGAGCCCCUCGUCUUUUCUCCACCUGAUUUCUCAAACAGCUUGCAGAAGAUCUAACAAUCAGCAGAUUGUAUACGGUUUAUCAUUCCACCUUCUCAGAAGUGGAAACGGGAAGCGGGGUGGGGGGGCGGGUACCUAUUCUGAAGAUGCCAUGAAAAAUGAGACACUGGUGAAUGAGAGUAUAAUUGUCUUUCCUCUAUUUAAUGUAAAAAUCUGUGAUAUAUUUAAAGUGUUGCAUUUAAUACGAGUGUUUUACCUAGCGUUUCACGUUCACAUUCAGCAGUAUGCAGGAUUUGGGAAGCGGGAAGCAGUGCGUGGAUGAUCUUGUCAUGUCUGUGUGACAGCCCUGCGGCCGUCAAAGCAGGACAUCACAUGCUUUCAAAAGCAGUAUGUGGGAUUUCUUCACGCAUUCAGUGUGCCCGCUAAAUGCCAGCCGCACCUCCACUUGCCUCUUAUUGUCCUAUUUUAUAUAUUUUUCUAAAUACGUGUAUAUAUUUAGUACAUAGAAAAUAGAACUUUUAUUUUGUGACAUACGGAAGAUGGUGAAAAGCAAAUACAGUGAUCAAAAUGGUCAUAUACCAGCUGGUCCUUGGAAAGGUUGGGAUGAUCUCUCCUUCUCCACAACUGAAUUUUAAUGAUAUUAAUAUUGAUCAUCCCAACUAGAUUAAGAUAUAUGAAAUACCCCUUCUUUGAUGACACAUCACCCAAUGUUGAAGAGUUAAAAUUUCAACCUCCAUCUUGGAUCCUUUCACCUCAAAAGGAGGAAUGCCAGGGCCGUUUAAAUACUAUUAACGUGAAUGCAUUCAGAAGUUCCCCCCAAAUUUGUAGAAAUGAUUUCUGAAGAAACCAAGCCUAAACAAAAACCUUUACAGUAUUAAGCUGCUUAUUUUCCUUCUUGCUAAAUAUAUCAAUACAUCAAAAUACUAACAAUGUACCUACUGUUAUUGAUUGUACAUUUCUCAGGCUAUCAAUGAGUGGGAUUUUGUUAAGAAGCUGAACAUUCAUCUGAACAUUUUGUCUCAGAGUUCAGUAACGCUGAGGCUGCAAAAUGAGUUUUAGAAUGGCUAUACUGUGAUGAGAAAAUGUAGUUCAUGUUUUUCUAUAGCGCAGGGCCCAGACAGCAUUUCUAAAGGAGAGAGCCGUGGCAAAAACUUACUGUGUUUAUCAUUUUUUUUAGGGGUAUUUGAAAAAAUAUCCCAUUUUUUAUUCACUACUACAUCACUUCCCACGAUAGCCAACUUGAUAAAGACAGGUUUUCACAAAUUGGCAUGGGGAUGGGCGGUUCAGUAUGUGCCAGUGGAUUUGCUUAUAAAUUAUAUUUAAAUGUCAGUGGUGUGAUCUUGCAAGCUAUUAGCAGGUUACCAAGCUUUCCAACAAGGGCCUGUAAUACCAAAUUACUGUUUAUUCAUGACUAAAAUGAUCUGAUGCUAAUAAUAGUCUUUUGCUCCCUACCAUUCAUCGUUUGGUAACGGUAUUGGGCUCUUACAUAUUAGUGUUUUAUUUUAAUGUGAACAUAUGUCACCAUUUGAAAAACAAUUUCUUAUUCAAACCUGGUUAAAAAAAAUACCAGGAGACUGUUAUAGAUGCCAAAUAUUCUUUAUUCAGGGCAGUGUAACAUAACUGAUGAUAUGUGAUAAAGUUAAAAUUCUUUUGAUGAUAUAUAUUUUAUUUACAAAACAUUGUACACUGCUGGUAUUACCAUAUGAAAAGAAAUAAAGUCAAUUGAUAAUUGUC